GUUAAAGAUUAAAGGACUUUAAUAAAUAUACAAAAUAACAAAUACGUGAGAUAUAAAAAAAAGAAGUCGAGAUGACAGAAAAAAAGGUGUAUGGAACAGUGUUAACAUGAAUUCCUGAUUAUGAGAAACUUUCGUAAUAAAAUUAAAGAAAAUGAGUCAACAGCUACAACAACGGAUGGAUAUAUGUUAUAUAAAAGCAAUAGCCUAUAGUCCCUAAAUUAAAUGAGGCCCUCAACAAAUUUUCUCGUUUGACGAGGGUGUGAGAUAUUUUGUUGGAUAUAAAAAUAAAGGAAGAGAGAAGGAAAGACGCGCACACACACAACACUCACACACACGUACACAAUUGUAAAUACACAUUCGCUUACACAUAAAAUUCAACUGGAUAGUGAUAACAGGUCAGCUUUACUGUUGCUUUAUCCAUACAAAAUACUGGAUCUAUAUUAUUGAGAGCAAAAAAAAAGCGAAUUAACUUUUUGUGUGUGUGUGUGCGUGAAAGGGAAGUGAAAAAAGUUGUAUAAAUAAAUUGAAAGUUACAUAAAAACAACAACAUCAAACAACAAACCCGUACAGAAGUGAAAAAAUAAUUUAUCUGAAAGUGAAAAAAAGAGAAAAGGUAACAAAAUGGAGCGAAAGCGGUCUGUACGCCGGAGGCAGAAGGCUCCAUUUGAACGUUUAAAGGAUCAUUGCCGGGCAUUUACAGCAUUUAUGUUCUCAAAUGUUGGGAUCACAUUUCUUGUUGUAUUCUAUAUAAUUGCUGGUUCACUGCUGUUUGAGAAAAUUGAGGAGGUGUCACAUGAGCAAUAUCAGGAACAAACAAACAUUGACCGAACCAAUGCUGCAAUGGAAUUAUGGAAAAUUUCAUGCUGCACUCAAAGUACAUUCGAUAGAGCUAGUUAUGAAGCAGCUGUAGAAGAGAAAUUAAUAUUAUUUCAAAAUCAAGUGACUGAAAGACAGCGAAAAGGUGUCCCCGAUGGUAAAUGGACAUUCUCAAGUGGCUUUUUAUAUAGUUUAACUGUAAUUACAACAAUAGGAUAUGGAAAUAAAACACCUACAACUGAAUUGGGCAAAAUCACAACGAUAUUCUACGCAAUUAUCGGAAUGCCAUUGUUCCUUUUAUAUUUAUCAAAUAUUGGUGAUAUUUUAGCAAAGUCAUUUAAGUGGAUUUAUGCAAAGUGCUGUUUAUGUCGUAUUUUUCCCAACAUUGCACGUCGACGUUUAGCACGAGAGAAGCACAAAGAGCGAUUACGUCAAAGCAUUGGUGAAUUUCCGAGCGAUAGCGGAAGCAUAGCAACGAGCAUAACAUCAUGUGAGAACGAUUCAGAUAUUGAAAAUAAAAUACAAGAAGAUCCGCAGGCCAUUACAGUACCAAUUACCGUUUGUGUGGCUAUCAUGAUUGGAUACAUUUUCCUCGGAGCUGUGCUUUUCAAAGCAUGGGAGGAUUGGAACUAUUUGGAUGGUAGUUACUUCUGUUUCAUCUCGCUGUCAUCAAUUGGAUUCGGAGAUUUAGUGCCUGGUGCUGCCUUGUCAGCAGACGGAUAUCAGAGUGUAGAUUUAGCCUUUAUAUUUUGUGCGGUUUAUCUUCUACUAGGAAUGGCUCUCAUUGCAAUGUGCUUUAAUCUUAUGCAGGAGCAAGUCAUUCACAAAUUAACAAAUCUAAAGAAUUGUGCCAGUCAAUGUUUCAAGUGCAAAAGGUAAUGAUAAUAAAUGAAUGGUAAUGAUGGGAAUAAAUGUAGCCGAGUCAGAGAAGCUCAUCCGUUCAUUUAUUUUUUUCAUCUCAUCUUUCGCCAACAGUUACUAGUUUUAGGAUCAAAGAAUAAGAUAAGAAAAUUGAAAAUGUUCAUAGAACUUUAAGGAAGCGAAUAAGACAAAUUUUUAUGUUCAUUUUUUUAUUAUUUUGUAAGUUUUAAUCUCUCUCAAGUUGUUCUUUUUUUACAUCUAGUUUAUAAGAUUUAUCUCUUACUUUUCAUCGUUUUGAGCAUUCCAUUCAUAUGUAGGAAUUGAAAAUAGAUAAGUUGAACAUAAUAAUAUUGUACAUUUUAAAUAGCUUAGAUAGGACAA